CACCUCCAUCUCUCCAACACCCAUUGUGCAAAACUCACUAAGUAGCACUUUGCCGCUUCGGCGCCCCCCCGCGACCCCGAAAUUAUCGACGAAGCCUACCCCUGGCCAACCUACCCACGUUUAUUGAAAGCUCCUCAAGAAAACAUGUAUCGCCAGUCUUUCGCUCCGCCUCCGGCGCAGUCGCCUCCGCUUCAUCACCCAGUGCCUCAGCAUGUCUCUACAGUUCCCAUGAUGCGCUCGCCGCCGCCCCCGACAACUCAGCAGUCUCAAUCCGCGGGCUAUGGCAACCCAUACCAACCCGCACCUGCGCCAGGUGGCAGCGGGACCUAUGGCCCUGGAUUCGGCCAGUUCAUCAAUGAUCCCACGGCGCAGAUGAGUUUUCAGGUCGGAAAGACCGCGAUGAUGGCUGGCCAGGAGUAUAUGGAGCAGAACUUGAAUCGCUAUGUCUCUAUUCCUGCCCUCAAGCAUUACUUUAAUGUCUCGAACUCCUACGUCCUGAACAAGCUUUCUCUGGUCCUCUUCCCAUGGCGACACAAACCCUGGUCCCGUCAGCAGGCACGCCUCACGACGGCUGCAGCUGGCCCCAACGGCCAAAUCUCCCAACAGCAGUACUCCUCCAUGUUCCUACCCCCGCGGGAUGAUCUCAACUCCCCAGACAUGUAUAUCCCCGUGAUGGCACUCGUUACCUACAUCCUACUCUCGGCCAUGUUGGCAGGAUUCCGAGGGAACUUCCAUCCGGAGCUUCUAGGGUCGAUCACCACGACAGCUAUCGCGGUUAUCUUGUUUGAGAUUAUGUGCUUGAAGCUGGCGAUGUACAUCCUCAGCAUCAACAACGAGUCUCAGCUCCUCGAUCUUGUUGCCUACUCCGGAUAUAAGUUCGUCGGCAUCAUCCUCACGCUUCUGACAUCGGAGAUCCUCACUCCGGGUAGAGGCACCGGUGGCUGGGUUGGCUGGGUGGUCUUUGUCUACACUUUCCUUGCAAACGCUUUCUUCCUCCUCCGCUCCCUCAAAUACGUUCUCCUCCCGGAUUCUACUAGCGACACCUCGAUGCGGUCUGGUUCUAUGCACACCGUUGCUCGCUCGCAGCGUAACCGUCGCACUCAGUUCCUGUUCGUUUAUGCGUACAUUAUCCAGUUCAUCUUCAUGUGGGUGUUGAGUCGCGAGGGCCCGACUGCGAUUGCUGCGGGGGUGGGUGCGGGCUCGUCGUGAUAGCUCUUGUCCGUACUCAAUCAGCUUCAAGUAAUGAUAUAGAAGGACCUCACGAAAAGAAAGCUUGGGUGUUGUGCAGGAGUCUCAAGCAUAUUCCCAUGCAAAGCUUUACCACAUGUUAUGAUCGCAUAUAUUCUGAUGUUCGAAGCGCAUGACUUAUUUCCUCCCUUGAAUCAUUUUCCUAAAUGGGCAGGUAUGCUGGACCUGCAAAGCAUAGGCAAGAGUACUCCGUAUAUCAGACGCGAUUAUACUAGACUAAAAAAAAAUUACGG